AUUCGUGACAGUUACUCUUUUCAAGGUCAUGGUUGUCACUGUCAUUGGUAAUGUUGGUAGCAUUGUGUGGUUGGCUAAGCGCCGUUACGAACUCUCAAAAAAUUGAAUGUACUAAGAUCCGCCUCUUAUAAUUACAUGCUCUGUGGUCAAGCCGACCGGCUAUUUUAUUAUUGUAUUGUUUUUAUUAGGCUGAAAAUCACAACAUUUUUGUGUUUCUUACAGAAUUAUGAGAUUGCUAAUAUUUUCAAUACUUAUCUGCUUAGCAUAUGCUAAGAUACGAGAAAUUAGUGUAUUGAAAUCGGAAAAUAAUGUUCUGGAUACGGGUUUCAAUGAUGGAAAGGGAUAUCGACCGAAUUGGAGGGAUUUGGAUAAACGGCCGCUACCCGAGUGGUAUGAUAGAGCUAAGAUAGGCAUAUUCCUCCAUUGGGGGGUGUAUGCCGUACCUAGUUUCGGGUCGGAAUGGUUUUGGAUGAACUGGAAAACUAAUGUGACAAAAUACGUUGACUUCAUGGAUAAAAAUUAUCCACCAAAUUUUACGUAUCAGCAAUUUGCUCCCAUGUUUACGGCAGAAUUUUUCGACCCUGCAGCAUGGGCACAAUUAUUUGCGGAAGCUGGAGCGAAGUACCUUGUCUUAACUAGCAAACAUCAUGAAGGUUUCACCUUGUUCCCAUCAAAGCGUUCUUUUAGUUGGAAUGCAGUUGAUGUGGGGCCAAAACGAGACUUGGUGGGCGAGCUAUCGGCUGCUGUAAGAAAGAGGGGUCUAAAGUUUGGUGUAUAUCAUUCUUUGUAUGAAUGGUUCAACCCAAUCUACCUACAGGAUAAAAAUGCAUCAUUUGAGACACACACAUUUGUAGACACAAAGUUGUGGCCUGAUUUAAAACAAAUUAUCCAUGAUUAUAAGCCAUCAGUGAUUUGGUCUGAUGGUGAUUGGGAAGCUCCUGAUGAUUACUGGAGGUCUACAGACCUUUUGGCUUGGCUGUACAACAAUAGUCCAGUUAGAGAAGAAGUUGUAGUAAAUGAUAGAUGGGGUAAAGAUAUCCCUGGACAUCAUGGAGACUUCUUUAAUCAUGCUGAUAGAUUCAAUCCUGGUAAACUACUCGACCAUAAAUGGGAAAAUGCUUUUACAGUUGAUAAAGUAUCAUGGGGAUACAGAAGAAAUAUGAAAAUCGGUGAAAUAAUGUCAGAUUCACAGCUUCUGUUCCAAGUGGUAUCAACAGUCAGUUGUGGAGGGAACGCCCUUAUCAAUGUGGGUCCCACUAAGGAAGGGACAAUAAUACCAGUAUUUCAAGAACGACUUUUAUUCCUUGGAAAGUGGCUGGCUAUCAAUGGAGAAGCGAUAUAUGACAGCUCACCAUGGUUCUCCCAAAACGACACGGUGAAUGGCAAAGUAUGGUACACUUGUACCAAAGAAAAUUAUAAUGCUACUCACCCCACUUAUCCGCCUAGUGCUAAUGAUAAAAUUCUUGCAAUCUAUGCUAUCGCGCUUGAAUGGCCUAAGGACAAUUGGUUAACUCUUGGCGAUAUUACAAGUUAUUUGCACCGAGGGACGUAUCAAGUGGAGUUGUUGGGCAACAAAGGAGUGUACUUGACUUGGAAGAUAAGUAACGGGAAGGUCGCUAUACAACUGCCCGAUAAGGCGACUGUGCGCUCGAAAGUAGCUUGGACUUUAAAGUUUACUUUGAAGUAAAUUGAUGCUGUAUUUGUGUAUAUAAAAUACGUUUCUCAUUGACUUUUUGGUAGUUGAAACUUAAAGAAACCAAAAUGGUAAUCGUAUGUACUUGGAAUCAAUGCCACAAGUUCAAUAAUAAUUAAAUGCAAUUAUUAUUAUUUACAUUCUAUGAGAUUCUAGAUAAUUUUGUUCAAGACUUAUGGCAUUAAUAAUUAUAUCAGAAUGUAUAAUGGAAGUAAAUAAGUACAAAGUGAAUCUGUUAUGUUCGUACACAAAACUGCGCUGCGACAUCGCAUCGCAAAAAUGUGCGAGGUCCCUCUACGCAUCGCAAGGACUUGCGAAUUGAUUCGCAUCGCGCAUCAAAUUUUUAUCUUCCCAAAAUCUUUGUUUCUUUUUUCUGUAUCUCCUAAGCAAUAACAGUGCACACUUCUUUUUACGAUCCAUGUCAACACCUAGCUUUCAAUUUAAAAUACGUUUAGUGCGGUUAACAGUCGUCGAAGAAAUGAGCACCCUCGGAGACGCCUUGUCGCACGAAAUCGCAUCGCAUAGCAGUUUUGUGUACGAGCCCUAAGUCUGUACAAUUUUUUAAACAAGGAAGUUAAAAUAUGUACUGUACAAUGCAAUUAGAGGAUGGGUUAAUUUUUAUACAGAAUAAUAAAAUUAGGUUUAUAAAAGAAA